GAGUUUCCGCUUUUAGGUAGACUUGAGGUCAUUCUCAAGGCUCGAGUUGUACGAAGGCAGCCACUUUCAUCUCAUAGCGAAGUAUCCAUCAAACCUUUUUCGGAGUACGGCACAUCUAAAGCGCAUUUACCACUCGUGCGUAUCGACGCAUAUGAGAGGAAUCACCGAGAUCACCGUGCUAGUUGGAACCGACUGGGAUUUCGGCAGUUGAUCUCCAAGGCAGAGUUUGAUCUAACAGUCGCGGAGACCGUGUCUACGAUCCUCACAUGGUCAACGGUGUUCUGUCCCAUUGCCUAGGUGCGACCUGAAUUAUCGUCGCGUUGGCAUCUGCCCGCGACUUCGUUCAAAAUGCCUAUCGUCAAUGGACAAAAAAUGGCCUGCCAGCCCUGCAUACGAGGUCAUCGUUCGACAAAGUGCACUCAUGGAGGAGACCGUAUGUUAGUGCCCGUUCGUAAACCUGGCCGACCUCUUAGUACGUGUCCCCAUCCACCGGGAAAAGACUGUCAAUGUCGCAACGUGACGGCUGCCAUUCCAAAAGGAGUAGCCUGUCGCUGUGGAGGCUCACAGGGUGUCAAACCAAAUGGCACGCCGACGCUGGUAAAGGCCGAACCAUCGGAGAAUGCGCCGUUAUCGCCUACGAAACAGGCAUCCUUUCGCGUGCAGAAGCCGGCAACGAAACCGAAUAGGAAGCAGUCUUUAGAUGCUUCUGUAGCAUUACAACGCAUGGACUCGAAUAAUCUAAACCUGCAGAAUGGUGCGAAUGAAUAUUUGGCGCAAAGCGCGAAUGGAGUAACUUCAUCAAACUGGGGAAGUUUCGUUUCGCCUUUGCAAAACGGAGCCAAUCCAUAUUCAACAUAUCCAUCGAUGACCUCGCGUCUUGAGGGAACGAUGGAUUCCUCGAUUCUUCACAUCAAUGGUGGUCUCGCGGAUAUAGCACCAAACCUUUCUUCUGGAAAUGGCAUAUCGGACCAUUCCACCGUGAGUUCAGGUACACUCACACCUGGUACAUCGGAUUCUCCUUAUCAUACGCCGACUUCUAGUAAUGGAGAGCCUUCUCAGGAGUUAUCUUUAGAGCCGCCCGGAAGUUGCUGUUCCCAGCGAAUGCAACAACCCCAGCAAGUGCCAAACCGGAUGCAAUUCCAAGGCCAUCUCCAGAGCGGCCCUAGAGAAUCGCCGAAUAUGAUGGGAUAUGCGCCUCAGGUCACCAUCCGCAACGGAUCAAUGAUGGAACAAGUUCCUACUCAGGUUACCGUGAACCAGCAGCUAUACACUGUUAAUAAUUAUGCGCAAGCGGGGCUGUUUUCGGACAACCUGUCGUUCGGAACACCACAAUUACCUCUUCAGCAGGCGCAGUGGGAACAGUUGAUGGCAAAUUUUAUGCCUCAAGCGGGAUCAAAUGAAGGUGGCCCCAGUUACACGAAUCAUGUGUGCGAUUGCGGUCCUGGAUGCGAAUGUCUUGGUUGUGCCUCUCACCCAUAUAACCAAGUCAGUAUACAAUACGUUCGAGAAGCGAUGGCUUUGCAGGAGAGCUUGAGUAAUGGUAGCCUUGAUACGCCGACGCCGAUUGCCGAUCCGCCGUUGGUAGGUGAAGCAUCACCACCACCUACGCAUAGUCCAGCCGAGACCGAAUCGCCAGGUGCGAACGAACUCAAUCUAUCGCCUAGCGAAUUUCUAUUUGUCGACUAUGGUAGUGGAAUAUGUGGCUGUGGAGAUGAUUGUGCCUGCGUCAACUGCAUGAUUCACCGUGACCCUUUGGAUCAUAAGAUGACCGGACAUGGCAUUGGUGGACUUCAUGAUAAGACGCCGAAUUGAUAGAGGUAGAACUCGGCGUCCGAAUAUAUAACACCUCUGCUAGGAGCUAUAGAUGAAUGAAGCGAGCGGAGGAUACCUUCGAGGGUCAUUGCUGAAACCCGACAAUCGAGCUUUGAAACACAUAGCUAAGCGGAUAUAU